AUGAAUUUAUUUACUGAAAAAACGAAAAAACAAGUCGCAAAGUGGCGUGAUUUUAUUCAAAAUAAACAUAAGGAUGAUGACGAUGAAAUUGUUUGUAACGACCCAUUAUUAAUCAUUGAAUAUAAUCAACCGGGACUCCUAAGCCGAAAUAUCACGGAAAAUAACGUUGGAGCAGUGAUCAGAGGAACUCCAUAUUAUACUCCUAUCGCAUAUCCAAGGGCAAAUCUGACACAAUCAAAUUCUUUAUUCGCAUUUAACGAUAUGCAGACAAUGGAGGUUGCUAUCACACGAUUAUAUGAUACCUAUCAUAAUGAUGUUAUAGGACGGCAAGAUCCUAUUGUUGGACGAGUAUAUAUAAUAGAAUUUCGCAGGACCAAUACAUUUGAAGUUUUUGAACAAAACCAUGUUUUUGAUUAA